GUAACCAACAAGAGAACCUUUGCUGCACUCUUUUCUGCAACAGUGGUUUCUGCUGCAGUCCGAAGUCGUCUCAGAACAUUCCACAUCAUUGGGGAUGUGAGUCUGACUCAGUCUGAGGCUCAGGCAGUGUGCAGAAGAAACUACACUGACCUGGUCACUGUGCACAGUGAGGAAGAAGACACUGUAUUGGUUAAUCUGACGAAGAUGGUCUAUCCCAGUACUGCCUGGAUUGGCCUCUAUCGCAAUCAGCCCAGUUGUAAAUGGUCUAAUGGUGAUGCAGUUACAUUCAGAAACAUGACAGGGAACAUGACCUGUGGAACAGGGGCCAACUGUGUUGCCAUGAAAGCUGAUGGUGGAUGGGAGACAUUUGAAUGCACAGAGAAAAGAGAUUUCAUGUGCUAUAAAUACGUGACCUCUACAGAUGGUAUUAGAUCCAUGCUCAGUUAUCACUUAGUGCUUCAGAAAAUGGCCUGGUAUGAUGCUCAGCAAUACUGCAGGGAAAUCUACAAGGAUCUGGUCAGCAUUAAAGAUCAGGAGCAAAAUGAAGAGGUGAAGCUGAAAGGAAAGAACAGCAUCAUGUCCUUCUGGAUCGGCCUGCUGUGUGAUGACUGGGAGUGGGCUGAUGGAGGACUCUCUGGCUACAGGAACUGGAGAGGUAAUAACUCUCAGCCAUUUAGCUGCGUAGAACUGGUGAAAGAAGAAUGGUCUCCAGCAGAGUGUAAUGAUCCUGCAUAUGCUCUGUGCUACAGCACAUCCAUUCACGUCAGUGAUGACAGUAUGAGCUGGGAGAGAGCUCUGGACUACUGUAAGGAAAAUAACAGGACUGGUCUUCUAUGCAUUGAUUCUGACCUUGACCAGAAAGAAAUGGAGUCUGAGCUUAGGAGGAAUAAAGUCUCUGGGCCAGUGGACAAAGUCGACUGUCUGAGCUGUUGAGGUCAUCCAAUAUGCUGACUCCGGGAUC